AUGCUAGAUGGACUUCGACAGGACGAACGCUUUGCGCCCUAUUUCGAUACCCACUACAACGACGCAUAUAGCGACACACAGCGAGCGCUACGAGACCCGUCUGCUCACCUCCCGCCGCAUUACGAUAGUCGGAGUGGCCACAUGCCUCAGAAAACACUGUUGAAGAUGCCGGAGGAGAGAGCAUCCAAGCAAACGAAUUGUUCCUCCGGAGCGCUCGGUCUGCAUAGAAGCAAAGACUCUUACAGUUCAGUCUACGAGGGCCUCAAAUACUCGCUUGUGGUGGUUCGCCAGACGCCAAGAGCAUUGACGAUUGAUAGUGCUCAACGCCUAGGACUCAUGGUUCCCCCUAUUGAUGUCCGCCUCAUAGUCGACGAUGAGUUGGGCAACGAAGUGGACUUUGACCGCGUCCCGUGCGCCAAAUCCUUCGUACUCCGCGUCGACCUUAUCGACGGCACGUCUGGGGACGAAACUUACAUAAUAGAGGGAAAUGGGCAGCAGACUUUGAAUUAUGCGCUGACUCCAUCGUACCUGGACAACGAAUCAGGAUUUCUGUUUGUCCUUUCAGACCUUAGAGUGGGCACAACAGGCACAUACCGGCUACGACUGAGGCUUUUCAACAUCGGCUAUACCACCCCAAGCGGCAAAUUGUUUGUGUUAGCUUGGCUGCUCUCUGACAGGUUCAAAGUCUAA